AGGAGGUCCCUGAUUCAAGCCACGUCACCAUCAAGCUGCUACUGUUGGAACCUUAAGCAAGGUCCUUCACCCCCAAGUACUCAGAUACAGUUGAGCAUCGAGCUAGGAACCUGACCUUUUUGCAGAAUGCUAUCCAGUAAACUGGGCCAACAACUGGGCCGACCCACUCACUCUCUCUCUGGGUGGCUUGUUACCAAGUUCCUGAAGUGGCAUAACCAGAUUCUGGAGGAGAAUGCCGUGAAGCUGUGUAAGAUCCAGCCUGAUGAGACGGUGUUAGAGCUGGGCCAUGGUCCAGGCCUGGGUUUGCAGCAAGCUGUCCAGCAACUUACAGGUUCUGGCGGAAAGCUGCUCGGGGUGGAUUACUCCACAUACAUGCACCACAUGGCAAAAGAGAGGAUGCAGGAGCACAUUGCCCGUGGGAAGGUGGAUCUGUACAACUGUAAUAUAGAAGCAAUGCCAUUCAAAGACAACAGUGUGGAUAAAGUGUUUCACUGCAAUUGCUACUACUACUGGCCUGACCUGAAGGUAGCAGCCUCGGAGAUACAUCGAGUGAUGAAACCAGGUGCACUCAUGGUGACGACCCUUAGACUGGAUAGUGUCAUUUUAUUUGCAUCUAAAAAAAUCUUGUCUGGAGAGAACUGGAAACCUGAAGCCUACAUGGAGGCGCUGCAGUUCUGUGGUUUUACAAAUGUUCAAAUGGAGAAGAGAACAGAGAACCGUAUUCCAUUUCAAGCAAUUUAUGCCACUGCUGCAAAGUAA